AUGACAAGAGGUCAAAGUAGCAAUCCCAAUUGGAUAACCGAACGCAGCAACCGAGUAACAUCGUCCAAUUUUGGCAAAAUUUGUAAAUUACGCGCAACUACUUCAUGUGCAAAUACCGUAAAAAGUUUACUGUAUUCAACAUUUACUGGUAGUGCUGCCACUCAUUAUGGCAACGAAUAUGAAACAGUUGCACGUGACGAAUUUUCAAAAGUAACAGGGUUGACUGUAAAAGAAAGCGGCUUGGUAGUUGACAAAUGCCACCCGUUCUUGGGUGCCAGUCCAGACGGCAUAAUUUUAAAUGAGGAUGCUGUCCUAGAAAUCAAAUGUCCAUUUUUUGCUAAAGACCUUACUCCGGGCAGCCGACGACUCGUAAUUAUCAGCCUAAAGGGUGUCACUCUGUCUUGCAUUCGAACGACAACCGAUGAAAGACGUUGCCCGAUCCUGUUCUUAGAAUGUUGUUAUGUUACAAGAGAAAACGACUUCUACCCCAAAACCGAGGCAUAUUUAUUCUUGUUCGAAAAUGGGCCCAUCCUCCCCCCGAACGUCCCGGUGAUCGCCGCAGGCAAUCUCAAUGCCAAACGCUCCCUGGGGCUGCUAACACACUAA